CAGAGGAAGACACCGCCAUCCUCUCUGUCUCCCGCGGACCUGCGUCUACCACAGAGGUUGCUGCUCAGCAUCCCGGACGCGUGCCCUGCCGAAUCGGAUGCCCCAGAACCCUUGUGGAGGGCUGGGAUUACCUGAAAGGAGGUGGGGAAUCUGUCCGUAAGCAUGAAAUAGACAGACGGUUGGAAAAGAAGCUGAAGAUCACGCAGAAGGAAAGAGCCGGGUCUUCCAGACUGGAUGUAGCUACGGCUAUGGGGAAGCCAUUUAAGAAAAAGACACUCAAAGGAAGAAAUGGUAGAAAAUCAAAAUCUCCUCCUAAAGUGCCGAUCGUGAUUCAGGACGACAGCCUUCCUGCAGGUCCUCCCCCGCAGAUCCGCAUCUUGAAGAGGCCGACGACCAACGGUGUGCUUAGCAAUCCCAACUCCGCCAGCAGACCGGCCUUCCCCGUGAAAUCCUUGGCGCAAAGGGAGGCGGAGUACGCGGAAGCCAGGAAACGAAUAUUGGGCAGCGCGAGCCCCGAAGAAGAGCAGGAGAAACCCAUUCUAGAUAGGCCGCCGAGGAUCUCCCAGCCGGAAGACACCAGGCAGCCCAGUAAUGUGAUUAGGCAACCCCUGGGUCCCGAUGGCUCACAAGGCUUCAAACAACGCAGAUAAACGCGGGCGAGAGAUGCUGCUGCGGAAGGCAGGGUCCGCCGCCACCCGGCGCACCGCCCCAAACGGACUUGAGCAAAGGGAACUACCUGGUUUAUUUGCACUGUGAUCCCCUUUGCUCUGCCCACUGUGACCUUCAACCCCACGCACUGUGACCUCCCCUCUCCACCCACUGUGACCGGCAAACCGAGAAGGGCUUGUCCCCGAGUCGCUGUAAAAGGAAAGGGGACGAGGGGAGGGGGUUAUAAAGGACUCGGACGGGUGCAGGGAGUCGUGUGCGCGCCACUUGGGUUGAAGCUAGCGCCAGCAAUAAUGUUUGUUGUACUCAUAGCCUGGGAUUUAAGGAAAAAAAAGAGAAAAAAAAAAAAAGGGAAGCCUCCCCAGCCGCGCAUGUUGUCCUCAUCACUUUACGAGCAAGUUCCGUUUCAAAGGAUCUCAUUUUAUUUUAUUUUUAUUUUUUUUUUUUCCUUGUUUGUUUUCUGCGUAUCAGAUCGACGGAGUGCACGGGAAGGGUUUUAACUGUUUCUUUUGAUUGAGAGAGGUAGUUAAGUCUUGGAAAAGGAGUUUCAAUGAAUUUCUGCGACUUUAAUGGCUCGGGUUUGGCAAGUCCUUGCUUCUCGUUCUCUAUUUCUACCGCUGCCAAGCGCGUGGAAGCGGACUCCCGGAUACCUGGCCUUUCCGAUCGCCUUGGGAGCCGGCGGAGUCCGACGGCCUAGUUUACGUCUUGCACCUGUUAAAGCUUGGCUUUAUAUUUUUUUGCUGGCUUUGAGGAAAAGCUUAAAAUACAUGUGUUUUUUCUUUUUUUUUUUUUUUUCCCUUUCUUUUUUCUUUUUGUAUUUGGGGAGAAGGGAAUGCAGACGGAUCCCCUGAAAAUGCCUGCUGCCCGGCCGCUGUUUGCGGCAGAGCGAGCCAGGUGGCGAAGAAUUGGGGCUCCGUCGCGAGGAGGAGAACAGCCGGCACCGCUCCCGUCCGUGAAAUAAAUAUGUGGGGAGGAGCCCCGCUCCGUACGGCCCGCGCUCGUCAAGCGGCUGGCGUUAACGACGGGGAGCAGGACGUCCCAAGGGUCCGAACCCCAGUGGCCCCCAGUGGCUACGACGGAGCGGAGGCUCUGAUCGAUCUCUCGGUCACGGUACGAGCUGCGUUCGCCUCUGGAAAUUGCAGACGUCGGGAACAAAAACCGCCUUGGAUAAAGUCUGGAUGAUCCCCCCCUCUUCCUGGCGGCAGCUGGCUUCCCGCGAGGCUUCAGGGAAGGGAUUUUUCUUCCUCCGGCUCCCGGGAAGAGGACAGGGAGGCUGGUGGUCCGCAAGAACGCGGAUGCGCCACCCCCCCACACCCCCAGACGAAGCUGACCUACCUUAAUAUCACUUAAUAUCGAGGGAUUAGAUGAACACUAAACGCUCUUCUUGGAGGGGACGGUACCUAGACAACCAUUCCCGGUUAUCGGCGGAUUAGUCUGUACGGGGGCAGCCUUCCCUGCCGCUUUGUGCUCAGUAGGUUCAAGGGUAAACGAGCGAAUCUUAAACUAAGCCUUCUACCCGAAGGGAAGCGACCCUACGAAAAAAGACGUGUAUGGAAAUACGGCUGG